GUGUCGAAAACUGAUUACCAGUUGUCUGGAUUCAAUGGUAGCUGUGUAAGAGUGGAUGCCAAAUUUAGCUGCAUUCCACUUCUUUUUUCUCGAUUUGGCCUCGUUUUUUCUUAAGGGCUGCUCUGGAGCUGGAAAUAUGGCCGCUAUAUUUUUUCAUUUCUUUUCUCGCUGAAAAGUUUGUUACAACCACUGCUACUUCCGUUGGAAUAGUCCUUUUUCUUUUGGUACUUGUUUUAGUGGCCAUUUUUUCUCUUUUUUCUCCGUGGAUUUUGGGUUAUGAUUUAAUGCAUUUAUUGAAGUUGAUGGAAAUGAUGAUACUUUCCUCAUAUGAUCGACGCUGAUUCAAACAGUGCUAUCUUUUCCCUCUGGGAGUUCCAAGCCAGCAUACAUGGCACUGGCUUCUCUUCGAAAUCCAUUACUCUCGAACACUCGCUCUCUCCUUCCUUCUCUCUUUCAUGGUGGUGGUUUUCCUCGGUUCUUCUCCAAAUCGCCCCAAUACGUAGUGAAAGUUGGGAUUCCAGAGUUUCUAUUUGGCGUGGGCAAAGGCGUUGAAACUCAUGUCGAGAAGCUUGAGAAGGAGAUUGGAGACUUUCAAAAGCUUUUGGUCACCAGGACUUUAAAGCUAAAGAAGCUAGGGAUCCCUUGUAAACACAGGAAAUUGAUAUUGAAAUACACGCACAAAUACAGUCUUGGAUUGUGGAGGCCACGGGCUGACCAUCCAAAGCUUCAGGCGACCUAGCUGUUCAUGGGCACAAUUGGGGGCUUGAAGAGUUCCUUCGUGGUUCUCUCUCUCACUCUCUCCACAAGAUAGCUUGAGAAUUCUACUGAACAACUGUAAACCUUGUGAAGGAGAACUUAUGGUGUUUAAGCCCCUUCUCUACAAAAAUUUUAGGUAUAAUUCAAGGUAAAAAUGUAUUUACAAAUAGCACUGGAUAGAUAGUAGUAGUUACUUGAGUGUGGGUUUGAAAUCCUUCGUAUGCUAAGGACCCAUCGACCUCUAUUGUAUUGCCUUUUUAAUCUAAAUUCUUCAAUUCAUGGCAAUAAAGAUAUCCUUAGGAAA